AUGCCGUUAGUUACAGCAUCUCAACUUAUCAAGUUACAGUCGAAAGAAGAAAAUAUAAGGAAUAUUUGUAUUUUAGCACAUGUCGAUCAUGGAAAAACUACUCUUUCAGACUCUUUAUUAGCUUCCAAUGGAAUUAUUUCUAAUAGGCUUGCAGGUAAAGUAAGAUAUCUUGAUAGUAGAGAAGAUGAACAAGAAAGAGGAAUAACGAUGGAAGCUAGUGGAAUAUCACUAUACUUCAACAUCUUUAGAGACUUUGUGGAAGGUCAAGAAAAUAACACAAACUCUGAUGAAUAUCUGAUAAAUCUUAUUGAUGCUCCUGGACACGUUGAUUUUACCAGUGAAGUCUCGACAGCAUCGAGAUUAUGUGAUGGUGCAUUAAUACUUGUCGAUGCUGUUGAAGGAGUCUGUACACAGACACAUGCGGUUCUCCGACAAGCAUGGAUCGAAAAUGUUCGACCUAUUUUAGUAUUAAAUAAAAUUGACCGGCUUAUAACUGAAUUGAGAUUAACACCUCUUGAAGCAUAUGUUCAUUUAAAUAAAAUUCUGGAACAAGUGAAUGCUGUCAUGGGAACUUUUUUUGCUGGUGAUAUGAUGGAAGAAGAAACUAGAAGGCAUGAUGCUGAAAAGGAAAGACUUUCGCGAGAAGGAAGUGAACAAUCAGUGGAACCAUAUAAUACAUUAGAAUUGUCAUUGGAAGAUCGUGAUGAUUCGAACAUUUAUUUUACUCCAGAUUCGGGAAACGUUGUUUUUGCAAGUGCAAUUGAUGGUUGGGCGUUUAGAGUCGAACAAUUCGCUCAAUUAUAUGCCGCAAAGUUGGGCAUGAAAGAAAAUAAACUACGUAAAGUACUUUGGGGCGAUUAUUAUCUUGAACCAAAAACGAAACGAUUAUUGCAAUAUAAACAUUUGAAAGGUCGUCAAUUGAAACCAUUAUUCGUUCAAUUUGUUUUGGAGAAUAUUUGGGCAGUUUAUGAUUCUGUUGUUAUUAAUAACAAUCGAGAAAAGAUUGAAAAGAUAGUUAAGACACUUAAUUUGAAAAUUUUACCACGAGAUAUGAGAUCGAAGGAUACACAACAGCUUCCAAAUCCCGUAUCCGCGCAACAUUUGCGUCUACGAAGAAUGCUAUAUCCUAAUACAGAAAUGGCGGAAAAACCUGCGAAUGAAAUUGAGAAAGCUUUGUAUAGUUGCGAUUCUAGCGAUUCUGCACCUAUUAUUGCCUAUGUUUCAAAAAUGUUUGCUGUUCCUUCAGAUAUGCUACCAGAGAAUAAGAGAAAACAAUUAACAGUAGAAGAACUGAGGGAAAAAGGAAGGGCUCAAAGAGAAGCUCGUUUACGUGCUUCAAAUGAUCAAUCCGAAGAAACAAUUUCUGAAACAUCAACGAUUUCAUCCUUAAAUCAAACAAAUUUGGUAUCGACAGAAGCCAUUGAAGAAUCUGUUAAAAUGAAAAAUUCCUUUUUAUUGGACGAAAAUGGUGAAGUUGCUCAACCAACACCCGCAAAAGAAACUUUUAUAGGUUUUGCUCGUCUUUAUUCUGGAACUAUCCGAAUUGGUCAAAAACUAUUUGUUUUAGGACCAAAAUAUAAUCCUGAUUUUCCAGAUAGAUUUUGUUCUGAAGUUACUAUUCAGAGUCUUUAUCUAGUGAUGGGGCGAGAGUUGGAAGCUUUACAGAAAGUACCAGCUGGUAAUGUUUUUGGUAUUGGUGGACUUGAAGGUCAUAUCUUGAAGAAUGGUACUUUAAGUAGUACUAAUAAAUGCAAAAAUCUUGCUGGCGUUGCGAUGGGGUCUUCACCAAUUGUUCGAGUUGCCCUUGAGCCCGUGGAACCAUCCGAAAUAGGAAAGCUAACUGAAGGACUUCGCUUGUUAAAUCAAGCAGAUCCAUGUGUUGAAGUUCUUGUACAGGAAACAGGUGAACAAGUAAUUUUAACGGCCGGUGAAGUACACCUUGAGCGUUGUUUACGAGAUUUAAGAGAACGUUUUGCAAAAAUCGAAAUUCAAGUUUCUUCUCCUAUAGUUCCGUUUAGAGAAACAAUAGUUCCUAUUUCAGAUAUUCAUUCGAACAAAGAAAAAGAUAGUGGUCAACGUGGUUUGGUUACGCUUUCAACGCCGAAUAAAUAUUGUACUAUCAAAAUGAACGCCAACAACGUAAUAAAAAUCGAAACUCAAUCCAUAGAAGAGGAAGAAGAUACUCUAAAGGAUAUGGCUUUUAAAGGGGAACGCAUUUUAGAAAUAGACGAGUUUUUUGAUCAAUUGGAAGCAGAAUUUAAUAAAGUUGAUGAUAAAGAGAUUUGGAAAGGUGUUAUAGACAAUAUUUGGGCGUUUGGAACCAAACGUGUUGGACCGAAUUUAUUAGUAAAUCAUGUACCAAAUUAUGAACGGAAAUCAUGGAGGAAAAUUUGCAGUGCAUUGAAAGUUUUUGAAGCGGUCCAUCCAGAAGUAAAUGAAGAUGAUUUUCUUCAUGAAGAACGUACUUCAUAUAAUUUAUCGAUCCGUGAUUUUGUUGAAGGAAUUCAUACAGGGUUUCAACUUGCCACAAAAUCAGGCCCACUUUGUGCUGAACCGUUAAUGGGAGUGUCCUAUUUUUUAGAAGAUUUCACGAUAAAUAUAGAUAGCAAUAAUUUGGAUAUAUCUGAAAUACGAAAUAAAUUAGGUGGACAAGUUAUUACUACAAUGAGAGACGCAUGUAAUAAGGGAUUUUUAGAAUGGUCUCCAAGACUAAUGUUGGCUAUGUACUCCUGUGAUAUUCAAGCAACUGGUCGUGUAUAUGGUGUAAUAUCAAAACGUCGAGGGCGUAUUAUUUCCGAAGAAUUAAAAGAAGGAACUCCAUUUUUCCAUAUUUUUGCAUCACUACCUGUAAUAGAGAGUUUCGGAUUUGCUGACGAAAUAAGGAAGCGGACUUCUGGCACGGCUAGCCCACAACUAAUCUUUAGCGGAUUUGAGAUGUUGGAUGAGGAUCCGUUUUGGGUCCCAACGACUGAAGAAGAGCUUGAAGACUUAGGAGAAAAGUCUGAUAGAGAAAAUCUUGCAAAGAAAUAUAUGGAAGAUGUAAGAAAACGCAAGGGAAUGUUUAUAGAUAGGAAAAUAAUUGAGCAUGCAGAAAAACAGCGAACAUUAAAAAAGAAGUAA